UGAAAGAUGCCUUUACCGCAACAUAAGGAAGCGCUGCAUGGAGUUGGUCGACGGACGAGACAAAAAGCAGGGCUCCAUCGGAUGCGGCUUGCACCUGACGGCGGCUCGCGUUUAACUUCAUCUUCGAGGACUGGUGAAAAUUUGCAGCCAAGAUAUCUUAUCUCAAGCGCCAGAGAUAAUCAAUCCUUUACUGCUCCUCAUGCAACCCAUAGCACCUCUCUGUCAGACCCUGCCUAUCUGGACCAAGAGGAUCAUAUUAAAGUUGACCUUCAGACUCCCAACUUUGAGGAAGCAUCAGCGCCAAAGCUACUUUGAAAGAAAUAUCUCAACUUAACACAAGCAUCAUCCUGUAGAUUUACAUCCUUUUACAUUCCUAUUUGAUUGAAUUAAUUGCCUAAGUGAGCACACACAGUAAAAUGCACUUUUGGCAUUGAGUUAUGCUGAUUCCCCUCUUCACUUUUGUGUACAGCCUGUUUUACUGUAACACCUGCAAUGUUCAGUCUGCUCCACCAGGUGAGGCUGACAGUCUUACUUUCUGUAAUCCUCGGUAAUACUGAGCCACAACAUUAACAGACAGAGCAGAGGCUGGAACAUUUCCCAAAAUAAAAAUCUACAGAAACUGAGGUAAUGCACUGAACUGCAACAAAUAUUAUAUGAUGAUAUGAAAACAUACAUGUAGCUUUGUGUUGUCAGUGAAUCACGCAGAUAAAAAGUGAAGUAAAAAGAAGGCAUAAGUGAAGCCCUGUUUUUGGUGUCAGUAUGUGGACAGGGGAGGACAUGGAGUAAGACUGGUUUUGUAGGUAGGGAUAACCUUUGAUAUUUCUCUUUUACUUGCUCUUAGGAUUCAAGUUAUUUUUUAACGUUUUGGUCUUUCAGCCACUUUUCACUGACUUGUGUUGCCUGCAUUACUGUUACUGCUUUUCACCUCUGCAAAAGCAGUUUAACAUUGAUUGAGUGCCAUUAUUUAUAAAUUCAGCAUUUUACACAUUCAUAACUGCCUGAUAAACUGAAAAAGUGGUGAAAUAAGAGACUUUAUAACUGUUGAGACCCUGGAGAACUUAAUGAUUCACAAAGUGAAGCAUGUAGGUACUGAUUUGCGACACUUUUCUUGGAAUUGCACAAUAGCCGAAAGUGACUGAUAGAUGUUGUGUAAGCAAUCGUUGUUGACAACAGCUUUAAAGUGAACUCUGUGCCGGAGUCCAGACACUCUGGGGUCUCUUGACCGACCGCUCAGAUAGUCAGAGAAUCAUCGCUGGGCUUCUGUCAUAUUCACAAUGGCUGCCGCUGAAUCAGGAUCAGAAUCCAAAUCUCUUUUCUCUCUGGACGCUUACCAUGUCUCUGAGGAGCUCGGCUUCAUCCUCCCCGAUCCUCUGGAAGAGCUUCCACCUUACUACCAGCCAUGGAUGGAUAUUGCCCUGCGAGUCCCAGAACUUGUGCAGUCUCAUGAGUUGCGCUCCCAUAUUAACAAGAUGCCGCUGCUGAGCAGCCAGUUUCUGCAGAAACACCGGGAGUUACGGCUGGCCCACCUGGUCCUCAGCAUGAUGACCAUGGGCUACACCUGGCAGGAGGGAGAGAAUAACACAGUCGAGAUAUUGCCACGUAACCUGGCUGUCCCGUUCUGGGAGGUGUCACAACGUUUAGGACUUCCUCCAAUCCUCACCCAUGCAGAUGCAGCUCUAGCUAACUGGAGGAAGAAGGAUCCAGAGGGACCUUUUGACAUGGAGAACCUGGAGCUGCUCGUCAGUCUCCCAGGUGGAGACAGUGUCCGAGGUUUCUUUAUAGUUACUCUGCUGGUGGAGCUGGCAGCAGUCCCUGCACUGAGGAACAUCGCCACGGUGAUCAAUGGCGUCCGUAGUGGUGACACUGAGGCUGUGACCAGAGCCCUGGAGGACAUCAGCCAGUCUAUACAGGACAUGAUAGAUGCACUCAAACUGAUGCAUGUGUACGUGGAGCCUUCCGUCUUCUAUGGCGUCAUUAGGAUCCACCUGUCUGGGUGGAAAGACAACCCCUGUAUGCCAAACGGGCUGGUAUAUGAAGGGGUCCAGAAAGAACCCAUGGAGUAUUCAGGUGGGAGCGCUGCACAGAGCAGCCUGCUGCACUGCUUCGAUGAACUUUUUGGAGUCAAACAUGAAGGAAAAAGUGGUGCCUUUCUAACCCGCAUGAGGGACUACAUGCUGCCUGCACACAAGCAACUGAUCCAGGACAUCUCAUUGCAACCCUCUCUGAAGAGAUUCGUCCAGCAGCAGAGCAGCGAGCGACUCAACCAGGCCUUCCAGCUCUGUGUUACAAGGCUGCUGGCAUUACGCAGCUACCACAUCAACAUUGUUAGCCGCUUCAUCACUGUACCCGCCGCCCGUGCCCGACAACUUCGUAACCAGAGUCAGGAACCAGAGCCGGAGCUGAUCAGCAGAGCACCCGCAGCAUUAGAGGAGAGGGGCACCGGCGGCUCCGGCAUCAUGAGCUUCCUUAAAACUGUGAGGGACCAAACAAAAGAUGCCUUACUGCCUGAGGCAAGCAAAGAAAUGAAGCCCCACAACUGAUGCAGACUGUCACACUGCACUCUACUUUAUAUGUCUCUCAAAGGAUGCGAGUGAGAGGCCUCCAUCGCUUGUCUUACAUGUAGCUUUGUUGCGUCUGUAAACAAACCUCAGCUGAAUAGACAUGAGUGAUACCCAUCAUUCAGUCCAAACCAAAAUUCAAACCAUUACUUUCAUUCUGUUAUUAUUAUUAUUAAUUCCUUCUUUAAUCUGAACAGGAAUGCAAAAAAUUCGUCAGAUAUGUGCUCCAGACCCACGUAUCUACAGGACAUUUGGACAUUAGACAGCUCAAGUCAUUACUAAACACUUUUUGUGAAAGUGUAUUUGAGAUUCAGAUCAAAUAGUUUAGACAUAACAAAGAUGGUUUAGUCUUCUGCAACUUGAACACUUAGCUGUUGUAUUUUUCAGUUUCAUCACCCACCGAGGUUACUGGAACUGGUUUUAAAGCAAAAAUACAACCUGAGGGAUGUUUUCUGCUGUCAAAAGAUGCUCAUUUGAGAAUGAAAUUUUGAAUGAAAUUUGAAACUUAAAUACUGCAAUACUUAAUGAAACCAUGGCAGGGCACUAAAGGGCAGCAUUAUAAUCCACACCAAAGGUUUCACAGGGUUUGCCCGUAAAAAGCUAAAACAGUCAGCAAUAACUGAGAGCACCAGAGGCAUGCAGGCCACUGAUUUAGCCUCACCACAAACAAAACUGCCCUCAUGUAACAAUGUAUUAUUCAUUAUUAAUAGUAGUCAUUUGAAGAAGUGUGAAAUCCACACUCGCAAAAAUCCUCCUGACACACUAAAGCAUCGGCAGGCUGGAACCUGACCUUUCCCUCUCACAAAAUAAUCAGCCUUUGUUGCGUUUUUACUCCACAGUGCGUCCUCACAAUGGGGUUGUCAUAUCGAAGCACAAUGCACAAUGCAGUGCAGAGAUGCAUCACUUAUCAGAGUGGUUACCUCAGCACUCCUGCCGUCCUCCUCCAGCCCACAUCCAGCCCUCACAUGCCCCACUAUACUGUACUUCCUGGACCGAGAGUGUGGAAAACCCAGAGCAAUGAAGGGAUGGAUUGUGCCAUGAAUGGCUCACACUGUGUAAUCUUCACCUUUCCUGGCUCAUCUCCUCUGGUGUUUUAUUACAAUAGCAGCCUUGCAAGAUCAGAUAAGAAGGCCAAUGUGGCAAUUAGACAUGACAAUUCCCUCCAACCUGAGCAAUAUACUUCAUCCGUCAACCUCUUUCUUUUCACAUGCAGGGCAGAAGGCAGUUGUGGAAAGUAACUAAGUGCAUUCGCUUAAGUAUUGUGCUUAAGUACAGUUUUGAGGCACUUGUACUUUGAGUAUUUCCAUUCUCUGCUACUACUCUGCUAUAUUUUACCCCACUAAAUUAUUUUUUUUAAAAAUUACUUUGCAGAUUCAGAUGAUAAAAACUGAAUAUAAUUAGCAAAUAAAUGAUGCUAUAUUAAUAUUGAUUAAGGUGUACAGAGUCAUUAAAAUGAGCUCCAUUUUUACUAGCUGCAACAUUAAAGUGAUGAAAACAUUAAUGAAUCAAUGAUUACAAUGCAUUAAUAUGAGGAUGAUCAUCAUUUUGUGCAAUGAUUAUUUUUACUUGUGGUAUUUUAAGUAUAUUUUGAUGCAAGUGCUUCUGUACUUUGCAAUAUGUUGUUGUCCUGUGAUUGUUGACUGUUUUGUUACUGCUGGCUGUAGAGUAAUUUGCCCCACGGGGACAAUAAAGACUCCUUGAACCUUGAACCUUGAACUUUUAUUCUGUACUUAAAUUUUGAAUGCAAAACUUUGACUUGUAACAGUAUUUCUACACUGGAGUAGCAGGGACGACAAAGGAAAAGCAAAUGAGAGACAAAAGCACUACACAGUUUUAACUCACUGUAUUCUGAUCGAUGUACAGUAAAUGCAUUAAAAGUGUAUA